AGUGGGGCAGACAAGGCAGAGCUGAAUCGGUCUCUAGGCGAGUGGGACGGUUGCUAGGGGCAUACCGGAAGUGUCCUGGCGCUGGCUGACGGCGGGCUGUAUUCUGUGUUAGUUGCCUGAUGCAGGGGGUGAAGAUGGCGGUGUCCAGCCGGCUCCGUGCCCUGCUCCCCGUGCUCCUGGCUGUCAGCGGCUUGCUGUCCCCCCUCGUGUCUCCGGCUCACAUUAAGAAGGCCAUGGAGGAGGGGGGGCCCCCGGAGAGCUACAGCCGCUAUUACCAUUACCCGGAGCUCACCGAGCUGCUACGCUCGCUGACCGAGGACCACCCGGGGCUGGCCCGGCUCUCCAGCCUGGGGCAGUCGGUGAAAGGCCGGGAGCUGUGGGCGGUCAGGCUGACAGCAGACCAGGGACGCGCACCGUCCGAUAGACCGCAGUUCAAGUACGUGGGGAACAUGCACGGGGACGAGGCGGUGUCCAGGCAGGUCCUGAUCUACCUGAUCCAGCACUUACUGGGGGGCUACGGCUCGGACCCCCGCACCACCCGCCUCCUCAACAACACCGACAUCUACAUCGUGCCCAGCCUCAACCCGGACGGCUUCGAGGUGGCCCAGGAGGGCGACUGCCAUGGGAGCAAGCAGUCCCGGGAGAAUGCCAACCAGAUCGACCUCAACCGCAGCUUCCCUGACCAGUUCAACAAGGGGGGCUCACCUGAUGGCAAGCAGGUGCCAGAGGUGGUGGCUAUGAUGAAGUGGAUACGUGCCAACCGGUUUGUAUUGUCAGGGAAUCUUCAUGGAGGCACUGUGGUUGCAAGUUAUCCUUAUGACGAUUCGGCCCUUCACCAGGAAGUUGGACUUUACAGUAAAUCUGCAGAUGACAACGUGUUCCAGUACCUUGCCAGGGCCUAUGCUUCAAAUCACCCCAUAAUGAAAACUGGUCAUCCUUCCUGUAAAGAUGAUCCCAGUGAGGCUUUUGCGGACGGGAUAACAAAUGGUGCCAAGUGGUAUGAUGUCCCAGGUGGGAUGCAGGAUUACAAUUACAUUUGGGGGAACUGCUUUGAAGUGACCUUUGAGUUAUCAUGCUGCAAAUAUCCCAUGGCUUCGGAACUUCGUGAUGAAUGGGAGAAUAAUCGGGAAAGUCUGAUAAAGUUCAUGGAAAUGGUACACAUUGGUGCCAAAGGAUAUGUAAGGGACUCUGUUAGCCAAAAGGGUCUUGAGAAUGCCACUAUCUCAGUUGCUGGGAUUGAACAUAACAUCACAGCUGGCAUAUUGGGGAACUUCCAACGAUUGCUCGCUCCUGGGAAGUACAACAUUACUGCUAUAGCCACUGGUUAUGAACCACUCACUAUUAGUGAUGUUGAAGUAAUAGAAGGACCAGCCACUGUCCUUGAUUUUCUUCUACAUCCCACAGUGUCCAUUGCAGUAUCUGAUGACCCCCAGAAAACUACAUCUAGCCCAAGAUCUGCCACUGAACUUUCUGUUCCAGAGAAAACGGGAAAUGUCCCACCCCAUCAUCAACUGACUCAGCCCCAGGAGUUCCGGCAUCAUCACUAUCCUGACAUGGAGAUCUUCUUACGAAGAUACAACAAUGAAUACCCUAAUAUUACACACCUGUACUCUGUGGGCAAGUCUGUGGACUCCAGGGAGCUUUAUGUGAUGGAGAUAUCUGAUAAUCCAGGAGUCCAUGAGCCAGGUGAACCAGAAUUCAAGUACAUUGGAAACAUGCAUGGCAACGAGGUGGUUGGACGAGAGUUACUUUUGAAUCUUAUUGAGUACCUUUGCAAAAACUACGGAACAGAUCCUGAGAUUACACAGCUAGUUGAUAGUACCAGAAUCCACAUAAUGCCAUCCAUGAAUCCUGAUGGUUAUGAAAAGUCACAAGAAGGAGACCGUGAUGGUGUUCUAGGCAGGAACAAUAGUAACAAUUAUGAUCUAAAUCGUAACUUCCCGGACCAGUUUUUCCAGAUAACCGAUCCUCCGCAACCAGAGACCUUAGCUGUAAUGAGUUGGCUAAAAACUUACCCAUUUGUCCUGUCUGCUAAUCUACAUGGAGGAUCCCUUGUGGUUAACUACCCAUAUGAUGACGAUGAGAAGGGCGUAUCCAUGUACAGCAAAUCCCCAGAUGACGCGAUGUUCCAGCAAUUGGCACUGUCUUAUUCUAAGGAAAAUAACAAAAUGUUCUCGGGCAGCCCUUGUGAGGACAUCUAUCCCAAUGAGAAAUUCCUUAACGGCAUUACAAACGGUGCAAACUGGUAUAAUGUUCCAGGUGGAAUGCAGGAUUGGAAUUAUCUGAAGACUAACUGCUUUGAAUUGACCAUCGAGCUAGGCUGUGUAAAAUACCCCAUGGCAGAAGAUCUUUCUGCUUACUGGGAAAGCAACCAUCGAUCACUGAUUGAGUUCAUAAAGCAGGUGCACAAGGGCAUCAAAGGAUUUGUGCUUGAUGCAACUGACAAAAGCAGCAUCUUAAACGCAACUAUUAGUGUAGCUGAUAUUAAUCAUCAAGUUACAUCAGAUAAGGCUGGAGAUUAUUGGAGACUCUUGGUCCCAGGACAAUAUAAAGUUACAGCAUCGGCAAGAGGAUACAUUCCUGUAACCAAAAUGGUGAAUGUCACAGAAGGAGAUGCUACAGUGGUAAACUUCACCCUUGCUCGUUCUGGGACCAACGUCCACAAAGAGGAGGGAGGGAAAGUGUCAAUGGUAGAGCCAGAGACGCUGGAUCCAGAUACAAAGGAGUUUGAGAAACUUAUAAAGGACCUAUCAGAUGAAAAUGGCAUGGCGCAACUACUAAUGUCUUCCUUCGAUGAUAUACGACUUUCUCGUUACCGACCUUACAAUGAUCUCUCCCAGUCACUCCGCGGACUGAACCUUAAUUACCCUUCAAUUACUAAUCUGGACAGUUUGGGUCAGAGUCUUGAAUAUCGUCAAAUUUGGUCACUUGAGAUCUCGAACAAGCCAAACUGUUCUGAACCAGAAGAACCAAAGAUCAGGUUUGUUGCUGGAAUUCAUGGCAAUGCUCCUGUUGGCACAGAGCUUCUGUUGACGUUUGCAGAGUAUCUCUGUCUGAACUACAGAAAGAACAGUGCAAUUACAAAGCUUAUUGACAGAACAAGAAUUGUAAUAGUGCCUUUGUUAAAUCCUGAUGGCCGCGAACUUGCAAAAGAGAAGGAUUGCACUUCUAACGUAGGACAGAAUAAUGCAAAUGGCAAGGAUCUGGACACCGACUUUAUAAGUAACUCAUCUGGACCUGUUGGAGAAAGGGAGAAAGAGACAAAUGCUAUUAUUGAAGGCUUAAUCAUGAAGCAGGAUUUUACCCUCUCUGUAGUAUUAGAUGGAGGUUCUGUACUGGUCACGUACCCAUUUGACAACCCAGUGCAUACAGUGGAGCAUAAGGAGACCCUGAGACAUCUGGCAACUGUCUAUGCAACAAAUCAUCCUGCAAUCCACUUGGGGCACCCUGGAUGUCCAAACAAAUCAGAGGAGAAUAUUCCAGGUGGAGUAAUCUCCGGUGCAGAAUGGAGGGGACACCAGGGCAGCAUGAAGGAUUUCAGCGUUACUUAUGGUCAUUGUCCAGAGAUCACAGUCUAUACCAGUUGCUGUCUCUUUCCCAGUUCUGGUCUGUUGCCUCACCUGUGGGAAGAGAAUAAAAAAGCACUUAUCAGCAUGCUUGUGGAGGUACAUAAAGGAGUACGAGGGAUUGUAAAGGCAGAGAAUGGAAAACCUGUCCCCAAAGCAACCAUUAUAUUAAAUGAAGAUGUCAGAGUCUUUACUAAAGAAGGAGGAUACUUCCACAUUCUGCUUGCGCCAGGAUUCCAUAAUAUUAAUGCCAUCGCUGAAGGCUAUCAAGAGCAGCGCACUCAGGUUCUUGUAAGACACGAUGCAGCUAGUCCUAUACAGAUAAUAUUCAACAUGGAUAACCGCAUCUUUGGGUUGCCCAGGGAACUUGUUGUAACAGUUGCAGGUGCCACCCUGUCAGCCCUGUUACUCACAGCUUGCAUAAUCUGGUGUGUAUGCUCCAUCAGUUCCAACAGACACAAAGAUGGUUUUCAUAGACUACGUCAGCACAAUGAGGACUAUGAGGAUGAGAUCCGCUUGAUGUCCACUGGUUCAAAGAAAUCUCUUUUGAGCAGUGAAUUCCAGGAUGAAACAGACACAGAGGAAGAGACUCUGUAUACCAGCAAGCACUGAAUUUGCAGAACAUUUAUAUCUCGUCCAGGAUUGGUGUCACCAAGGAGGAGACCUACUCCCCAACUGCCAGGGCUGUUUCAUUCUCCUGAGAGACUUCAGCCUCCUCCUGCCAGUGAUAUCUGCACUUUUGCCAUUGAUCCUCUCUUGAAACUAUUGUGUUAAGUGCUCUUUAAUUUUUAUUUGAUGAUUUCGAUGUGCCUGGAGCCCAUUGUCUGUGUGCAGACUAAUGCAAAGGAGCUAGAGAAGAGCAAGUAGGUGAAGAGGCCUCACUCACUACAAACACUUCUUGACUUUGGAGUAACAGUCAUGCAAUAUUUGAUCUAUUGCAAUAUAUUCUGAAAAUGCUUCUUUGAGCCUCCAUUCAUCUGUCUGCUAUGAAAUUUCCUCUUCAUUAGAACAAUUUGACUCUAAAGGCAAUGUCACUUUAUUGUCUAUUGUAUAUGAUCACUGGUUGUGGUGAUAUUUUGACCUUUUACAUGUAUUUUUUGUGUGUAUGCCACCAAAAAGAACUACACGAAAAAUGAAUGUUAAUCCAGAGAGCCCAUCACCAACUCAGAAACCUAUUUAUUUAAUUUUUUUUUAUAUUUUUUGGAAUGCUAUUAUAAGGCUCAAAACCUACAGUGUUGUAUGUGGCAGAAUUCAGUUCAGGACAAUGCGAAAAUUGAAAAUUAUGGGAUGAGCAUUUAAAUAGGCUGCCCAUAUUACUCCGCAGUCGCCCUUUUUCUAUUGGUUGACAUCUUAACAAUACUCUUACCAUCAAUGUGGCAAUAAGCACCUUUUUAAACUUAUACAGCUACCAACCAUACAAAGUUGUGCUCAUUUUCUUAGUAGGUAUGGGGGUUGUGGGGAUAUUGAAUCUUGAGGUUAAUAUAGCAGUAAAGGAGAUUUUGGGUAAUUUUUUUUUUUUUUUAUAUUUUCUUUCCCCCAUUUAAUUCACAAGGUCAUGCUGUUAAAUGCACUACUAUUCCUAAUACAGGAAUCUAUUGGCAGUGUUCCAUAUUGAUAGGGUUCAUGGUUUUUAUUUUAUUUUUGCUUAUCUUUAAAUGAUCCCAAUUUGUGUGUAUAUACAUUCUAUUUCUACCAUAUUGCUUUGCAGUGCAGUUUCAAAGCUGUUUUAAUGGUGAUUUCAAUAUUGUGGCUGUAAUAUUUCCAUGUGUUCGUGGAAGGUGAGUUGGAUAUGCAUUCAACAUAAAUUCCAUACUUUUAACACCAGCUGCCAAAUCCACUGCCUUACACUACUCUGCCAUUUUAGAUUACAUUGUUUAAUUUCCAUGGGAAAUAUCAACUUUAGUUUUGCUUUAAUUAAGCAUGACAUUUUAGCGUGAGAUUUAUUUACAUCACAGCCUGUAAAGCUGUUGACCUAUGCCACCAGGAGGGAUUUGCUGAUAAAUGAUUAGCUUGCACAUUUUUAACAGAAGCAAAGAUAAGCGGCUAACAUGCCCAAUAGCUUCAAAGUUAGCUGUGCUGUCUUAAUCUCGGUUAUCCACUGUUUGACUAUUCUUGAAGUAUGCAGCACAGUGGAAGCCAGCAUUUGAACAACUCCCAUUAUACUGUGGCUGCUCAUGAUGCAGUACAACUCAUUAAUCCAGGGGAAGCCGCAACUGUUCUAUCUACUACUCUCAUUAUGCUCGGCCAUUUUGGGAGUUGUAGUGCAGCAGCUGGAGGGGUAUCUAUUGGUUUUCCUGCCUUAUAAGGUCAUAAAAGCCACAAAUAGACAUUAGUGGCCACUGAUCACCUUCUGCCUCAAGCUGCUGUACACAUGGAAACAGAGUACGCCCUGCAGUAUUAUGUCUUUCUUUCUUUUUUACAGCUUAUAUGAAAUAAGGCACUCUUGACCAUUACUUGGCAUCUUAUUCUCUGUGAUACAUAAAUCUAAUGAUUCCUAAAGUGCCUUAUUGCAGCUCUGGAAGGAUUUGAUAUAGGAAAUGAUUGUGCUGCCAGAUCUUAACAUGGAAAAUGUAUACACUGUCUCUGUCAGAAAGUUUGAUAUGCUUUGGAAAAAAAAAAUACAUUUCCCAGACAUUCUCACUAAAAUGGCUUCUGUUAUUAAA